AAAAAAAGGAACACAAAGAGAAGGUUUCAAAUGAGCCGAAAAGACCUCCAAGAAAAUUACACCCCCUCACCUUAUCUUGUGCACUGCACCAUUUUUUAUGUUUAGUUAUGUGUAAGCUUCUCUAUCCACCAUACCAACUAAAUUACCCAACCAAUCAUGAGCUCAUACACCAACAACAAACACAAAACACCAAUCUUGGAAAAACCCUAACCUAACCCCUUUUUCACUAUCUUUUCUAAAGCCCCAAGACUUUUGCUUUUCCAAAUUUUCUUGGUACCCUUUUUUCUGUUUUUGUGUUCUUGUGUGUGUUUUUAUACUGACUAAAGAAAUAUUGUUUGUCAGCAUGGACUCAAAGAUUUAUGGUGUUCCACUUUCCACAACACAAGGGAGCCCAUCUCCCCCACCUGCAAAGGUCCCUCUUUUCACCACCUCAACAACAGGUAUUAGAGCUCCUCUUACUAUUGAUGAUUCUGACUUUGAACAAAAGAAUAGUUCAACUAGCAGUUAUUAUGGUAGUGACACUGGUUUUGACUCUGAAGGUUUUGUUAGUGGUGAAGAUGACUUUGACACUGCUUCUGAAAGGCUAUUUGUGUCUGACCAAGAUGACCAAAAUCUUGAAAAAACUAAUUUUGUUAACCAAUUUGUUGUUUCUAGACCAUUUGUUAAAGCCCCAGAUGAAGAAAUUGUUAGUAGUGUUGGGGAUGAUGAUGACUCUAGGUCUUCUUUAACUGACCCUUAUGCAGAAACACAUGAUAAUAUUGAUGAAUAUAGCGAUAGGCCUUUUGUUGUAGCAGAUAGGGAGAUUGUUGGAGGACAUGAUAGUAAUGACGAGUAUAGCGAUAAAGAUAUUUCUCUUGCCGGAAAUAGAGUUGUUGAUAGUGCUAUUCCUUUGAUCCCAAUUCGAGCACAGUUGUCCUGGGACAGUGAAGAUGAUGAUUACUUGAGCACUGGUGUUUUAGAAGACAAUGAUGUUGUAGGUGCCGUUAGGAUUCCAAAUGCUGUGGUGUUGGAGAGGUUAGAUAGUGCUCCGAAAGUUAGAAUCUCUGUUGUUUCGGAUAGUGAGGAGGAUGGAAGAGAGUCUGUGAAUUUCGACAGUAAAGCAGAGGAUAAAGCUGAAAUUGACACUGUUCAGAAUUUCAUAAUGGAGGGAGGUGAGGCUAGUGUUACUUUUGAAGGAGGAAAAGUUGUGUAUCAGGUUGCAAGUGAAGAAUCUAUUUUGUUGGGACAAGAGUUAGACAAUGAUGAAAAGCUUUUAGCAGAAGCAAGUCAAAUUCUUGAUACUAGUGCAGAGGCAAAAAGUGCAGAUUCGUUUCCUGAUUUGAGGCUUUCUGAUACUACUUACAGCAUCCCAAGGGAAGAAAAUGGAGUAUCAAGUUUUGGAGCUGAUGAAUUGAACUCUGGAAACAGCGACAGUCAGGAAUUAGAAAGUAAGGAGGACGAGAUUUAUCACGGAAGUGAUCGUCAGGAUAUUGCCACUGGAACUGAAACUCAAUCCGAUCAUGAACCCAUCAAGGAUAGUGAAGUAGAGAGCUUGGAGUGCACUGAAAUUUCAGUACCACCAACAGCUGAAGAACAAGUAUAUUCUAGUGCAAGCUCUUCAUCAGAUGUAACUUGGUCCUCCACGGUUGAAGAUGAUCUUCCUAAGUUAUCAGAUAAAGCACAACACACAGAGGCUUGUUUAAAUCCAGACAUAGAAAUCAACUGCAAAGACAUUGAUCCAGUCAAAUUGUUCAAUAAUGAAGAAGACAAUGAUGAAAGUUUGACCUUUGAUGGAUCAGAUGGUAUGAAACUUAUCAUUGAUCAGUUGGACCAACAAAUAGCCACUGCUGACUAUGAUGGAGAGGUGUCUCAGGGUCAUUUACCAAAGGUUGAUGGCGAGAUUGUGACGGACUCAGAUGAAGAAAGUGAAGAGAAUGAGCUGUUUGAUGCAGAAGCACUGGCUGCGCUGCUGAGGGCUGCCGCCGGUGUUGGACCUGAAGGUAGAAAUGCUACAAAUCCAUCGGCUGAUGGUAUGCGGGUUUUUCCUCUGGAGCUUUCUAGUAGCUGGGGAUCCACAUUUCACUCAUCCAGACCUGCUCAGCCAACCAAUGCAGAUAGUUUCUCCCUAUCUGAUAAUAAGAGUGAAGGUAUAAUUUUGAGUGAAGAAGAAAAGAAGAAGCUUGAGAAAUUACAACAGUUACGAGUAAAAUUUUUGCGGCUCAUCCACAGGCUAAACCGGUCUCCUGAAGAUUCCAUAGCUGCACAGGUCUUAUACCGGUUAAUUCGCGCUGCAGGGAAGUCAGCCUCUCAAGCAUCGAGCCUCGAUUCUUCCCAAAAUGUAGCUAUGAAGUUAGAAGCAGAGGAUACAGAAAGUUUGAAUUUUUCUCUGAAUAUCCUGGUUAUUGGUAAAACAGGAGUUGGUAAGAGUGCAACAAUAAACUCUAUCCUUGGCGAAGCCAGAUCAGUGGUAGAUGCAUUUGUGCCCGCAACUGCCGAUGUGAAGGAGAUAAUUGGACAACUGGAUGGAGUUACAUUGAACAUCUUGGAUACUCCUGGUCUCAGAUCUUCCCUGCCGGAGCAAUCCAUUAACCGGAGAACUUUGCUGUCCAUAAAGAAAUAUAUGAAGAAAUACAGUCCUGAUGUAAUCCUCUAUGUCGACCGCAUUGACACACAGUCUAGAGAUCUUGGUGAUGUACCAUUAUUGAAGUCCAUCAGUAGUUAUCUUGGUCCAUCAAUAUGGCGUAACGCCAUAGUUACCCUGACACAUGCUGCCUCAAGUCCUCCAGAUGGACCCUCUGGGUAUCCUGUAAGCUAUGAAAUGUUUGUUGCUCAGGGCUCCCGUAUCAUUCAACAGUUAAUUGACCACUCCAUUGGUGAUCAGCAUGCGAUGAAUGCUGGGUUGAUGAGUCGUCCAUUUUCUCUUGUUGAAAACCACCCAGUUGGUCCAAAGAAUGCCAAAGGAGAAAUAGUGCUCCCAAAUGGAGAAAAUUGGAGAUCACAGUUACUGCUUUUGUGUUACUCGAUAAAGAUUUUGUCGGAAGUAGAUUCCAUCAUGAAAGAUCAGGACCUUCUUGACCACAGAAAGCUUUUUGGCUUCCCCAUGCGUUCACUUCCUUUACCAUAUUUUUUAUCUUCACUAUUACAAUCGAAUGUUCAUCCUAAAGUCGAGGAUAUGGCCUCAGACAUUGAGCUGGCAUAUUCAUCUGAUUCCGACCAAGAAGUUGAAGAAGAAUAUGACGACCUUCCACCUUUCAGACCUUUGAGGAAAUAUCAAAUUGCAAAGCUAAGCAAGGAGCAAAAGAGAGCAUAUUUUGACGAGUAUGAUUACCGUGUGAAGCUGCUUCAGAAAAAACAAUGGAGGGAGGAGUUAAAAAGGCUUAGGGACACGAAGAAGAAAGGCGAGGCAGAGAUAGGUGAUUACAUGGAAGAAGGUGCUGACCAGGAAACAGGGAGAGUAGCAAUCCCUUUACCUGACAUGGUGCUCCCAAAUUCUUUUGAUGGGGACAAUCCCAGUUAUAGAUACCGGUCUUUAGAACCUUCGUCUCAACUUCUUGCAAGGCCUGUUAUGGACUCCCAGGGCUGGGACCACGAUUGUGGAUAUGAUGGUGUGAGCAUUGAGGAUCACCUCGCCAUUGCAGGUCAGUUUCCUGCAGUAGUAGCUCUUCAGCUCACCAAGGACAAGAAAGAGUUCAGCAUCCACUUGGAUUCAUCUGUUUCAGCAAAGACGGGGGAGAGAGGAUCAACUAUGGUAGGGUUCGACAUUCAAACCGUAGGAAGGCAACUUGCCUACAUUUUGAAAGGAGAAGCAAAAGUGAAAAAUCUGAAAACGAAUAAAACAUCUGCGGGGGUAUCCAUUACUUUCUUGGGCAACAAUUUAGUGACGGGAUUGAAAUUGGAGGACCAAUUAGCCAUUGGUAAACAGUUAGUUGUGGUGGGAAGUACUGGCACCAUCAGGUCUCAGGGUAAUGCAGCAUAUGGAGCCAACUUGGAGUUGCGUCUGAGAGAGAAAGAUUACCCUGUUGGCCAGGACCAAAGUUCACUCGGCCUUUCUUUGAUGAAAUGGAGAAAUGACGUCAUAUGGGGAUGCAAUCUGCAAUCUCAGUUCUCUGUGGGAAGGAAUUCCAAGAUUGCUGUUAGGGCCGGAUUAAAUAGCAAGAAAAGCGGACAAAUCACAGUUAAGACAAGCACCUCAGAUCAACUACAGAUUGCUAUUUUAGGACUUCUGCCAAUUGCUAGAGCGAUAAUGAUGGCCCUUUUUCCACAGAAAAAUGAUGGCCCUUUUUCCACAGAAAAGUGA